ACUUUAUGACUUUGACACCUAACCUAACCUCAUUUAUUUAUUUUGGAAAUCGACGCACUGAUAUGCGUUAUUUAGAAAUAGAACAUUUCAACAAUAAUGAAGUAAAAUGAAGACUAUCCUGGCUAGUUUUACGUAUCUCAUGAUUUUGUGUUUGUGCAGUACGAUAAAGGGCAGUGACGACAUUAAUAAUGCACUUCAUCCUUGCGUGCAUAUCAUAGAUGAGUUCAACCACAUAGAUAUAUCAUCAGCACUGGGAGAUAAGAAAACGUUAAGAGAUACAGAUUCUAACUAUACGUAUUAUUUCUCAGGGUGUAAAGAUUUUAAGCUAUCUGAUCUGAACCUACCAGGCAUAAAUAUUACAAACACCGCAUCUCUUUUAAAAGUAUGGCCUAACUCAACAAAAGAAAAAUCAGUAGUUUUCAACUAUACUGUAUUGGGCAAGGCAGAGAAUAUAAAAUGGCACAAGGAAGGUUCUAUGCAUCAGCUCAUCUACAAUAUAAGUAACAUGACAACGCUUCCUACAGUCAAAUUAUUAUGUGAUAAUGAACCUGCCCCAUUCAUAAAAGUAUUGGACACAAAAUCAAAUCAAUUAAUCUUUUCAUCACAACAGGCUUGCAUAAUCACAAUACACCAUGGAUUGUCAGGUGGAUCAAUAUUUUUAAUAAUGCUCUUAGUUUUUCUGACAAUAUACCUGGUGGGCGGAGGUUUAAUGCUAUACUUCAUUAGAGGAGCCAGAGGUGUAGAGGUGAUCCCAAAUAUUGAGUUCUGGAGGAACUUGCCCAGUCUUGUGAAGGAUGGAUUAAUGUUCCUAUUAGCUGGAUGCAAGCCUACGUUCGUGUCAACUUCUGAAAGUUACGAUAGGAUUUAACUGAAUUGAAUACACAAUAUAUACAUAUUUGUACAUAAAUUAUCACAAAAUAUAACUUUGCUAAUGUUUUAAUUUUGCAGAAACUGUACUACUUACUCUUACUACUCUUUUGAUAUCAGCGAUUUGAUAUCUGUAUAUGUGUUCAUGAAAACUUCCAAGCUUAUAAGAAAAGAGUGGUCUGAUACACAUAUUAUAUGGUGAUUUGUGAACUUUUUUUUGUUUUGUCCAACAUGAGAUUUACGUAUAUCUGUCAAGUCAAUGAAAGUAAAAAUAUUGAGCACUGUCUUCAAGCUUAGCUUUUUACAACUACAUAUCUAGAGGUUACAUUUAUAGGCAUUUCUUGAAGAUUGUUUGCUUUCAUGGACUGUAAUCAGACAAUAACGCUUCCCUAAGGAACAUUUAAAGGAGAUUUAAGAUUUGCAUCCACAGUAGGGUUUCAAAGUAUUUACAAAAUAUAAAUAACUUUUUUAAUUUCAGUUUUUAAAAUUUUAAACUUUACUAUUUUUCAUACUCACAUAAUAUUAGUAUCUGAAAAAUGUUGAGAACUGUCGAAGUCGUAAAAAUGUUGAAAAUUUUGUUAUGAAAAUUUUGAGGCUGUGAAAAGUUUUCCAAAUUUUGAAAACCUGUGAUGACAUUAAAUUGUACAGCAUACUGUGAAAUGCAUAUGUUGAAUCCUUACUCGAACGUUAGACAGGAAAGCAUUACUGUUUGUGACCCUAGAUCUUACUGCUCACUCAUGUUUUGUUUAUUUCAUUGUACAAUAUUUCCAGUCUGUUCCUUCUAUUAGACUUCUGAAGCGCUAGUUCUGUUCUGUGCCACUGCAUGCAUGUAAUUUUUCAAAUUUCGUGCUUUUCUGUUGUCAAUGAAUUCAUAAUUUUUUGUUUAGAAUAAAUACCUUUAGCCAUAUGCAUGAGGAGGGUGUUUGGACAAUUUUGUCUAAAUCUUAAGAUUUCACAAUAAAUCUCAUUUCUGAUAAGAUGAGAAAUUUCAAAAUAAUGUCAAUUCAAUUAAAUAUUCUUUUGCAAACCUCAUCUGUAAUUAAUGUUAACGUAAGGAAGUAGAUAGUGGUUAAUUCUUUCUAAAUAUCCUAAUUUUCAAAUAUUUUUUUAGUUGUGACUGAGAAAGUAAAAGUUCAUUAUUGAUGUUGAUUUUUACUUUGAUAAAUAAAUGUUGUAUUUCUGCUAUA